AUGGAGGAGACUAUUUCGUAUUCAUUUUGCGAGCAUGAGCUGACUGGGAUCAUGCUGAUGAUGAGAGUUAAGAGUGGAAAGCUCGUGUAUGCAUCAUUGGGGGACGAGGAAGACUAUUUGCUGAAGUCUGCAGAGCAGGAUUUUCAGCGACUAAGUAAAAAGACACAUACCAAAUAUCACCUUCGAAAGGUUGAUUCCACGGCGCACAACGAAGAGUUCGAGAAGAUCCGCAAGCAAUACAUUUCGGUGUUGGAGUUUGAGGACGUGGGGAAGGAGGAGAGCGAGAGCAGCAGCGGUCAAAAAGCCGUGGAUUAUGAGUUCAUGUUUGGCACGCCGUUCCAGAGGAAAGUGUGGACAGAGCUCACGAAAGUUCCAUUUGGCGGUACCGUAACGUAUGGGCAGAUUGCAGCAAAGAUUGCUUUACCAAAGGCAAUAAGAGGUGUUGGAACCGCUGUGGGUCAGAACAAGCUAGCUAUUGUAAUACCAUGCCAUAGGUGUUUACCGUCCGAUGGUAAGAUUGGCAAGUUUAGGUGGGGGUCAAAUAUGAAGCAGAAAUUACUGUUACAUGAAAAGAUGCUAAAGAAAACUCAAAAUGUCGAAUAA